UGGCUUGGUGUGUUUUCCUCAUACACAAACGCACUCAUUCACACACACCCAUUGACAGACGAGAAGAAGAUGGCAAGUUGCAAGGAUUUUAUCUCGUGAAAAAUGUAAAAUUGUGCACGUUUUUUGUAAUGUUUCGUCCGGAAAAUGAUUGCAAAAGUGAAAUAAAGUGACAGUGCUUGUUGUGCGAUAGAAAUCCCGUUGUUCAAAGUGCGUUUCUGCGGUGUAAUUUGGAAAAGGAAAAAUUUCUGCUGGAGAGGGGGAUUGAAAUUAGUCACCCCCUUGUUGGGCUGGUAGAUCGGUGGAUUGUAGUUAGACAAGCGAACAUCGGAACAAGGAGGAAUCGCAAGCAAAGAGAUUGUCGAAGGAAUUUCUUCUCAUCGUCACCAAAUAAGUGCGGUGCUGGUGGCUGCUGGCUGGGAGCACCAUUGGUUGCCAUUAUUGCUCCAGCAGCAGCUCUUCUCUAGCGCAUUUCAGUGCAAGCAAAGUGGAAGGCGAACACCAAAAAGUGGUGAUCAGUGAAGCGAACGGAGUCGGAGUUGAGUUUGCUCUGGGAAAAUGGCUUACAUCAAUGUGGCCGAAUGGAGCAGCGAUCAGGUCACGGACUGGCUCAAAGGCCUCAGCGAUGCUAUGUACCACUACGUGCAGUCGUUUACCAAUAAUGAAGUCGGCGGCCGGCAGUUACUCAACAUACGGCCCUACGAGCUGGAACAACUGGGGAUGUAUUCAAUCGGCCAUCAGGAGAUAGUUCUGGAAGCUGUGGGAUAUCUAAAGAAUUUUAACUACAACCUGGACAAAGAGAAUCUACAACUGCUUGCGUUGCAUGUAGCUCUCGCGGCGCGAUCCCUGUGCAAACAACUGAAAUACUCAGAUCAAACCAAACUAGAAACGCAGAUAUUGAAAGAUAUUAGCCGUACCGUGCUCCAGGUAAAAUCGUUGAUAAGAUGGCUUGAUCGACCUCCGUUUAGAGGUCAAUGUCAGUUCGAUGAGCUACGGAAGCAGAUAAUCAAGCUCGGUGUCGAAAUGGCAACGAUGGGCAUGCGUGAUCGAUUCUCCGUCAAGCCAGUUGAAACGAUAUCCAACGUGGCUGAUAAACUAGCAAAAGUGGCCGACUACAUCAUUCAGGACGUUUCCGAUCCGAUGGUGUUGCAGCCGGCUUCACUGGAUCUAGUUACGCUGAAGAAGCGAGAAUCUGAUCUUGGGUUUUUUGUUUUGCCUAGUAUGAACGGAAUUCACAGGAUUGAUGAAAUAAAGUUCAACUCACCCGCGCACAACUCUGGCAAGGUGGAAGAAGGCGAUGAAAUUGUACAAAUCAACUACCAAACCGUGGUCGGUUGGGAGUACAAAAAAGUGAUGGGGCAGCUUCAGGAAUCGCCACCUGACGUUCUGCUGACGUUAAAGAAACGACCCAAACACACGAAGAUUUACGGUCAAAUCUACAUCAAACCGUACCGGUUGCCGAGCAAGAAACGAGCUCUGCCAUACCGUUUUGGCGAGAGUCUGCCUAGUCCUCGAACAGAGCUAUUUGCGCUGCAAGAUUUCAGUCUUCCCCUGGCUCGAGUACCGGAGAAGCACGUAUCGUCCGAUUCCGAAUCUGAUGGGAGUGAUAUAUUAACACCAACGGAUGUUAAAAAAUCAGACAAAGAUAUUCGACUGUACAUGCCCAAACCGAGGGCGGUGCUGCAGAGGAGACACACCCUGUCCAACUUCAAAGAUUUGGUCAGUGUUUCGUUUUGGCACGAACGCCAAUCGAAGCUACUUUCGAACGAUCCACAAAGUUUGCGGGACAAAUCGCUUUCGUUUGGAUUUGGUUUGGAAAUGGCUCCCCGACCAACAACCUGCCUGGGAAUGGUUAGCGGUCCCGGCAAUGCCGUCGGAUCCUCCGAACCCGGAAAACUUAAUAGUUUUGCGGGAUUAAAGGGCUCGCUGCCGGAUAUCAUUCCACCGAACGAUCCGCAAAAAUCCGGCGACGAGAAGAGCGAAAACUACAAGCCAGGAAUUUCUAAGGUAGUGCGAUUCGAGUCAAAUAUGAAGUUUGAGGAGUGCCAUGUCGAUACGAAGUACACUUGCAACGUUGAUAAUACAGUGCUGGAAACGUUCGAACCAAUUCCCUAUGCGGACGAAGAACCGCCUGCGCAAAGUGUAAACGAGAGAGUGAAACGAUUCGAAUCGAUCGCCAACAAACAAUGUGCCAACCAUAUUAGCGUUGUUAGUGCAACAACGAGUGCUUCCAGCGAAAGUAGCAAAACACCUGUUAUACUAAAUCAUAAUGAGAAAAGUACGAUCAACGUCGCAACCAAUAGUGUAAAUAGUACCACCAGCACUAGCAGUGUUGCUCCGCUUAGUAGUAGCACACCCGGCCCGAAGCCAGGUAUAAAACCGAUACCCAUGCAAAGGCAAAUCUCGCGAGAAACCGACAUUGCAGAGGCCAUCAACACGGUGCUAAUCAAUCGGGAGAAUGUGAAGCGAGGUCGUCUGGACAAAAGUCACAGCACACCGGCGUACGAUGAUGAUGCAGACAUUCCUCCGGCAAUCGAACCACGCAAGGAACAUCUAUUCAAAGCACCUCCAGUACCACCCCCAAGACCGAAGAAGACCCUCGAAUCAAGCAACAUAAACCUCGUCCCAGAAAAACCACCUCCACCAUCGCCAGCGCUGUUGGCAGCUGCUUUAUCCGCUCCAUCCACUCCAGCAGAUUUGGGAUUCAUCAGUCCUCAACAAGCUGCCACCUCCAGUACUGAUCACGGCGAAGACAACAACAAAUCCAAACUGGCCAACUUGGUGGAUCUUAAAAAUCGAGACACGAACUCGCACGUAGACAACCCUCCCAGUCCAUUCAUCCUGGCACCGCCACCAAAACCAGCGGAACGGAUUGUUGCCCCUCCCAGAAAAGUGCCAGUGGCGAAGCACUUCUUAGAAGGGCCACUCGAAACUCCAUCGGAAUUGUUCACGCCUAACAAAACGAAAAGUUUGACGCUGAAGAAGAAAAACUCCAUCCUAUCGAAGAGACGGAAUGUUUCUCUGAAAACACUUUGCGUUAGUGACAUACAGGGCCACUUGUAUCGUCGGACAAAGGAUCGGAGUGGACUGGCGUAUUGGGCCAAGUACUACUUUGUGCUUAUUGAAACUACACUCUACGGUUUCAAAUCCAAGGACUCGCACAAAGCCAAUAGUAUGAUAUUCCUUUCUGGCUUUACGAUUUCAUUGGCGAAGGAAGUUCAUUCGAAGCCGUACGCAUUCAAGGUAUAUCACCCGAACAAGACGUUCUACUUCGCGGCUGAAACUCAGGAAGCUCUUGGUCAAUGGAUGGAAUAUAUCAAGCAGGCUACACUGAAGGGUAAUAAUGCUGCUCCGGGCAGCGGGUCGGCAGACCACAGUGUGAAGGAACUGUUUUCGGAAACCGAUAGCUCAGAAGACGAAUUCAGUCUAAUGGACAGUCAAACCAAACUCAAUCUCUUGUGCACUCCGUCACCGCAAUUGGCGUCUUCCUUCAGAAAUACGGAUAAUCAUUCAACGCAUAGCGAUACCAAUCACAGUAGCACCCCAACAUCCUCGAAACAGGAAAAGUACCAUCUAAAUUUUGGAUCGUUGAAGAAGUUUACCAAAAGCUAUCCUUUCAAUUCUGACGGAAAUGGAUCGAGCGGUAGUGGCAGCAGUGAAAGCAGAUUUUUUGGGUUCUUCAGCUCCAGCAAGAAUGUGGAAAAAUCCAAUUCCAGUGAAAUGCCAGUUCCCACAUCUCAGUUUCGGAGCUAUCGAAAGGUACCGGCCAACAGUGCUGUACAUAACAGCACCAUAAGCCCAGUUUCGGCUGAAGUUAUGCCAUCUGUAGCUCAUGACCAAAUCAAAUCGGCAAGCAAUUUGUCCCUGGCAUCGAUCAGCACCACUCAAUUCAAUGUUCCUCCGGUCGUUCAUGCUCACCGAGCACCCACCCCUCCUCCGGUAGAAGAAAAACCCCAACCUGUGAUAGUGGAACCGCCGCCGUCGGAACCAUCAACCCCGAUUCCUUGCGAAACCGACGAGUUGCUGAAUCGCGCAAAGAAAACCAAGCGAAUCUCGCCACACAACUUUAUCCAUGCUUCCAAUCCCAAUCUGGUGGAAUUUGAUUUCCAAACGUCCAAGCACAUCAUGCAAUCAGUUACCAAUUGGGAUCCCAACCCAUCACAUAGUAAUCAUCAUACAAUGAUUACCUUAAAAGAAUUGAUGCUACAAAAGCAAGCAGAAGAAGCACAGGAUAUGUACAAUAAGCGUGUUUGCUUAGGCGUAGAGAAAUUGGACGAUCGGAGCUUGAAGAAAACGCUUUCGAAACAAACCGAAAUCAAACCGGAAAAUACUGCUGCUCACGUUCCGGAGGCGGUCAACAAAAUUCAAAAACGGCGGCUUCCGAUUACUCCUGAUUAUGCUCAAAGCUUCAAAUUAGACGACGAAGACAUCCUCUAUACCAGGAGCAAAGAGGGCCAAAAGCUGCGCGAUUUUGGAUAUGAACUCAUUUCAGGCGAUGACACGUUUGACUUGAAAAAUUCAAUGGCAACCUCUAUGUCUAGCACAAGCAAUCAUCACGACAGCAAACGCAAUGAUAGCAGUGGCUCAAUCAAAAAGAAAACCCGUAACUGGAUCAACUCGGAACGACGUAACGAAGAGUCUUCCUCUUCAGAUCGUUCUUUGCGCGACAGUUUCAAAAAAUCCAAAAACAAGGUUGUAAUGCUGGACAACAUCAAGGCAAGCAGCGAGAAACUGUUCCAGUUCAAACACAGCAGCAAUAACGAUAAGGAAUCGUUGAAAACCAAACACAUGGACAAAACGACUCCAUCGCUCAAUGUGAACCUGAAGCAAUCGGGACCUUUUGGCAGUCUCGGCAAAAACCAUCCUGGAACACCUCAACUCGAACAGUCGACUAUAUUCAGCUCAACCACCACAUCCGGUGGCUACAUUACGUCUAGCCAUGUUCUCCCUGGCGGAGGCCCGAGCAGCUCAUCUAUAACGAGCUACAUUCCCGGUGGAAUCAAAAAGUCCAACACGUGCAAUAGUUCCUCGGACUUUAAGGAAAAUUCCAAGGUGCAAAAUCUGAGGAAGAACUCCGCUCCCGAGCGUACGGCAUCCUACUUUACGAAACUCUCGUUCAGUAGCUCUUCCGGCAAGACGCCCAAGGAAAAGAAACUGCUGGGAUCGCCGGGAUUGCACAGGGCGUUCUUCGGGAAGAAUCAACAACAGCCCACUGUCAUAGACCACGAAAUUUUCUCCCCCAUCACAUUUACCAAGCAAAGCAAUAUCCCAUCCGACAGCAGCAUGCAGUCCAGUUCCACCAUGACCAGCACGAUAACGAUCGGGAACGUCCAAUCGACGGCAACGACCACCUCGGUGCUGACCAGUAACCUGUCCAAUCGAGCCUCCCCAGACUACCCAAACAUGGAGUAUCCGCCGGUGUUUGAACCGGAAACUUACUCGCUCAGUGAUCCGACCACGACCCUCCUGAAGCGCCGUCAAAAUCACCACCCAAAAUGACGACCGAUAAGGUUAGCUACGGUUCGGGAGCACGAGUGCGGAUGAAGAAUGUAAGCGAAAAUGACUCUCCGUGAUUCUUAGCGAUUAGUCUGAAAUGAUAUUAUGUAUUCUUAUGGGAUAAAUACUAAUCCGUGUAGAUUAAGAAUGUUAUACAAUUCCAAUUAAUCGGAAGGUGCUGUAAACGUUGUUUUAUAAUGAUUUUUCCAGAAAUGAUUUUUAAAGACUAGUAGGGUUUGUAAUCAAAUCAAUUAUUUAUUAUUGGAAGUGAUUUAUUGUGCAUGGAAAAAAUAUAACUUUAUCAAACGCAUACAAUACGGCAAUUGUGAUCCUAUUAUAUAAUUACUACUUUUCAAUACUUAGCGUAAUAUUUAAUAAAAAAAAGUUUAUUUCAUAGAUUUAUAAAAGAAAAUCGAUUUCAUACUAUGCAGAUUUGAUUACAAAGCUCCAUUACUGAACAACUUAUUACUACCUACUUAUCGUAACCAGCAAACUCGAACCAGUUCAAGAUAUUGUAGCGUAAAAACAUAAAGAAAAUUUAAAGCUUUGAAAACAUUCCUUGAGACCCUGAAUACGAACGAAUUGUGUUGUAGUGUUUAGUGUUUGAAGAGCUAUCCUAAAAAAGCUGUAUGCUGGUGUAAUUAAUUCUUAUGGUAGUAGUAGUGUGAAAAUAGUGCCUUACAAGAGUUUGAUUUACGGUCAAUAAACAGUCGGAUGAAUGUUACAGUUUUCCCAAGAAUAAUCAAA